AUGCCCAACAUUGUGCUGUUCAGCAGCAGCUCGCUCCAGGACCUGUCCCAGAAUGUGGCAGACAGGCUGGGGCUAGAGCUGGGCAAGAUGGUCACCAAAAAAUUCAAUAACCAGGCUACCAGUGUAGAAAUUGGUGAAAGUGUGAGAGAAGAUGUCUACGUCAUCCAGAGUGGCUGCAGGGAAAUUAACGAUAACUUGAUGGAACUUCUCAUGAUCAAUGCUUGCAAAGUUGCAUCAUCGUCCAGGGUGACUGCAGUGAUCCCAUGUUUUCCAUAUGCCCAACAAGAUAAAAAAGACAAGAGUCGUACUCCAAUUUCUGCAAAACGUGUGGCCAAUAUGCUUUCAGUGGCUGGAGCUGAUCAUGUUACAAUGGAUCUCCAUGCUUCUCAGAUACAGGGGUUUUUCGAUAUUCCAGUGGAUAACUUGUAUGCAGAACCUGCAGUACUGGAAUGGAUUCAAGAAAAUAUUGCAGAAUGGAGGAUUUGUAUCAUUGUGUCCCCAGAUGCUCGUGGGGCUAAAAGAGUGACAUCAAUUGCUGACACACUGAAUGUGGAGUUUGCUUUGAUUCAAAGAAAGAAGGCAAACAAGGUAGACAGGAUGGUUUUGGUUGGUGAUGUGAAGGAUUGUGUAGCCAUCCUUGUGGAUGCCAUGGCUGACAUGUGUGGCACAAUAUGCCAUGCGGCAGAUAAGUUAUUUUCUGCUGGAGCCACUAAAGUUUAUGCUAUUCUGACUCAUGGAAUAUUCUCUGGACCAGCUACUUCCAGGAUUAAUAAUGCUGCAUUUGAGGCCGUGGUAGUCACAAAUACAAUUCCACCAGAGGACAAAAUGAAGCACAGCUCGAAAAUCCAGGUUGUUGACAUUUCAAUGAUAGUGGCUGAAGCAAUAUGGAGAACACACAAUGGUGAAUCUGUGUCUUACCUGUUCAGUCAUGUUCCACUAUAAC